GGGCGGAGCAGGGGGCGGGGCGGGACUCCCGCGUUUGACACUCCAGCAGAGGAGAGCCAUCAGCGGCCAGGCGCCUCCAAGAUGGGAGCCAAGUUCCCGAGCUGCUUCCCCCGAGGAAGGCGCUGGAGACGGGGCAGCACGACGGGGCAGCAGCAGCAGGCGCCCCCCACGGAGGCAUCCGCCCACAGCCCCGACGUCCCCGCCGCACGGACCCGAUCCACCCCAUCCACCAGCAGCGAGACGGAUCCCCAGAGCGGACGGGCCUACUUCAGCGGCAAAGCGCGCGUCUCCUUCCGCCACCAGCUGGACUCGGAGAGGGAUUCCACCAACUGACUCCUGCGCCGGAGCGGAGGAACACGUGUGACGGCAGCCAGGGCCCUGCCGCCGGGGCCCCCAGGGAGACCACUGGCCAGCAGGGCUGGGUCAGCCCAGAGGCCCUCUCCCCAAGUAGAGGUCCCUGCUUUAUUAGGGGGAGGGGGCCGGGAAUGCUUGACGGCGCCCUUCCAGAAGCAUUAAAGAAGUCGGGGUUGGAGCGGAGAAGUCAGAUGGUUGCAGGGUGGGGGGAAGGGGGGCAGCAAAGCAGCCCUGGGGCUGAGGCUCGGGCAGGCUUGCUCUGAAGCAAGACAGACACAGGCAUGACCCCAAUCCCAUAGCCCUGGCAGAUGUACAACAAUAAAAGUAGCGAGUGCUCCUGA